AACAUGUGCAUCUGGAAACAGUCGUACAUGCUGGAGAAAAACUAUGCCAGCCUCUGGCAGGCGCGCAGAUUUUGAUGCGUAUUUGGAUGUGGACUUGCUGCAGAAUUGCAAAGAAGGCAAAUCACCAUGGCUGCUGAGGACCUGGCAGGACCACGUCAGGCAGUUUCCGUUGACCAGCUGGUGCCAUAUUUACAGCUGCCCAUUCCUACAGCGAGAGCCUGCAUUUGUCAGUCACGUGGGGGCCACUGGUCGGUGCCCCUCAGAGCAGUCUGGUCCUGCAGGGGUUAAUGUCUGCCCCUUUGCACAGUGUUUAUCAGUUGUCAGGACUCGGAUUGACCUUUACUCUCACACAGCAGACAGGGAAGAGCUGCAGCUGUCCUUCCCAUACCCAGGCUCACCAUGGGGCUCCUGGACUAUGUGGUCUCCUUCCUCCCCGGAGUGCCCUGGAACCUGUGGGGCAGUGUGGACUCCUUCCUACAAGGUCUGGUCGGGGCCUGCGCCGUGUCCGUUCUGUACAACUUCAUGAAGGUUCAUCUGUACAUCAUGUGUUUGAAUAACCCCGAGAAACAGAAGAAGGCGACACAACUCAGCUCCCCGGCUCGGUUUCGUGACCUCCUCCAUCUCCUGCUCCUCACGUUCAUUUACUCCAUGCUGGGGCCCCGGGUGGGGGCUCUGGUGGUUUUGGAGUUCUCCCUACGUGCAGUCUCCAUGAUAUUGUCUCUACAGAAGGGCAUCCAGAGUUCCCAGCUGUUCCUCCUCUGCCAGUUCUCAUUGGGAUGCGGAGUAACUUGCAGCCUGGAUUACCUGCAUGAAGGGGCCCCUCACCGAACAUGGAACCUUCUACUGGCGGUGGGCCUAUCGGGGCUGAUUGUGUGGCAGACGAGCAGGAUGUGCCGACAUGUGGCAGUUAUGUACCAGCUGCACAGCAGCAAACGUUACUGUGGGGUUUGCCUGUCUUUGCUGGCCUGCUGGCACGACAUCCCUACUGGGCUGUGCCGGGCACUGAAAGUGGCAUUCUUCGUAUCGGAUCUGGCAGCCGUGGCCGUGAUUAACCGGGAUUUCCUCAGCACGGCAGAGGCUGUGAGAUUUUGGACGCCACUGACCAUCUGCUACACACUGCUGGUGAUCUAUAUGCAAGAGGAGCAGCACCAGAACCCCACGGAGCAGAUGGCAUAUCAGACAGUGUUUGUUCGCAUGGGGGGCCUCCUGAUCCUGAUGAUGACAGUGGGGAGAUGGUCAGACAUUUUACACAUCUUCAUCUCGCUGGUCGGAGAGCUGUGGUGCCUGGUCCAUGCCGGGGUCAUGCUGGACAUCUGCAGAGAGGAGGAUUAUUCAGCCAGAUUAUCGACCUCCAGACACAGUCCAAUGCCUAGAAAACCUAAGACAGAGACCGCCCUGGAGGGAUGAGACGGAUCAUAUCCUGGAAUUUCUUAUAAUGACUGUUUAUGAAAGCACCAUGACCGUGAAAGGCACUGACCCCGCAGUCCCAUAGUGGAGGGUGAAGGAACGAUGAUGGAGAACUCAUACCCCCUGGAUCAUCUGCAUUUAUAGAGCAGGAACCCACGGACUUUGCAUGUCUCUGAAUCCAGAUCACGGGUGCCUGCAGUGCAAAGAUAAAUCAAACACAAAUCAGUGCAUCAUGAAAACUUUUGCAACUUUCUGAUAGACUUAUUUAGAUUUGUCACCGUUAUUAAAAUCUCUGCUUGCUCUCAGUGAAUAGGAACAUUGUGGUUUACAUUCAAAGUCUGUAAACCUGUACAGACCUAACAGUUCUUACAGCUGAGGGUUUGUUACAGUUGUAUCCAGACUAGUCAAUCCUGUUCCCAUUCACUGAACAAGGUGAGUAAAGGAAGUGCAAAGGCUAUCAGAAAGUUGUAUUUCCAGAGGACUGGAUGAGCGCUGGACCCAGGGCACUCACCCCGAUAGUGUUCGGCAUUUAGGAAUGUUUUUUUUAUUAUUAUUAUUAUUAUUUUUAAGCGUAUUUAGUGGAGAUAGUUAUUUGUCUAUAGGAUUUGGGAUCGUGUUAUGUGAUCUUACAAACACUGCAAAUCCAUUCUGUGCAGUACCCUGUGCACAUCUAUAGGUGGCGCUCACACUUUGCUGCACUGUCAUCACUAAGGUCAACUCUAACAGGUAUGUCACUCUGUAGGUAAAAAGCCACGGGUCUAUAUUAAACUUACUUGUCCUAUGACGCACUUCGUAUACGAUUUGAUAAAAAUGCAUAGGCCAUGUCAAGCCUACAGGUGCGGCUGCAAAUGAGAGUAGGGACCCAUUCAAAAAGGUCCACCUUGACGUGGUGACUGGGCCUAUGCAUUUUCAUCAAAACUUAUAUGAAGUGCUUCCAUGGAGCUAUUUAUAAAAGAAGCAGUAGAUGAAUGGCGGGUGGUGUGCGACCCAUGCCUUUUCUUCUACAGACCGUCGACUCGAACAAGCCGUAGGUCACACCAGGAGAGUGAGCGAUCUGACAGCCCGUGUUGCGUCCUGGCUCCAGCCUUCCCAGUUGUGCCAACCAAAAACAUGUGUAAAUAAAUUGGCUGCUGUAUCCAAGCUCCUGGUGUGUAAUACUGUCUACUGAGCUGCCGUAUCUAAGCCCAUCAUGUGUGAUACUGUCUACUGAGCAGCUGUAUCUAAUCCUAUCGUGUGAUACUGUCUACUGAGCUACAGUUUCUAAGCCCAU